UACGGCAGCCAGUGUAAGGAGGGAUGCGGUUAUAACUUCGGACGCUUCUUCAGUCGAAUGUUUUUUUAGGUACUGACAGGGAAUUAACCACACUCGUUUGAGCUAAGUAAAACGGAUUUGAUGAGCUCCGGGAUGUAUCUGCGUCUAGAUAAAUUUUUAGCUUUUUGUGACGUUGAGAAAUCUGAUUAGCAAGACCAUGCUAACAUAGCAGCAGUGUGCUGUGAUUCCGGAACACGAUACUUCUCUGUACCAUUUUAGAAGUGACAAAGUAAUUCUUUACGUCACAUCUACCAGUUACGUUUACGUGUGAAUGUCUUUAAAUCAUGGCACGUCUUUUCCCCCACAAAUGAAUAAAUACAUUUGCUGCAUCUAACUAUAUGCCCAAUCUUCAACAAGACAAAAACAAUACUGUACUUAAAAAAAUUACAUUCAAAUUAACAGGAUGGAUCCUGUCGUGCUGAGCUAUCAGAAUAGCCUGCUUCGACGCUCUGACGUGUCCCUCCUCGAAGGACCCCACUGGCUUAACGACCAAAUCAUCGGAUUUGCCUUCGAGUACUUUGCCAGUGAGCGUUUUCGACUCCUGGGGGAGAGUGCCGUCUUUGUCAGCCCAGAGGUUACCCAGUUUAUCAAGUGUGCUUCCUGCCCAGAGGAGUUGGCCAUGUUUCUUGACCCUCUUGAUCUGGCCUCGCGUCGUCGUGUCUUCCUGGCUGUGAAUGACAACAACGAACAGAGCGCUGGAGGGUCACACUGGAGCCUUCUGGUGUAUCAUCAUAAGUCCAACAACUUUGCUCACUAUGACUCUCAAAAUGGCAGCAACUCUCUGCACGCCCGUCGCAUUGCUAGCAAGCUCGAACCCUUGUUGGGUGCAGGAAGAAAACCUGUGUUUCAGGAGCAACCCACUCCUGUACAAGAGAACAGCUAUGAUUGUGGAAUGUAUGUCAUCUGUAUAGCUGAGGCCUUAUGUGAGAAACCACACCUGGCUUUGCAAACUCUCACCCCAGCCUUCAUUAAGCAGAAGAGAGCAGAAUGGUGCAUAUUAAUCCGGAGUCUCGCUCACAGUGAACUCUGAUGCGCUCUGACUUUUCCUUAGUACCUAACUCGCCGUAUGCAGAACUGCAUUUAAAUGAUUGGAUCAAAUCAUUAGUACGCCACCUUUAAUGAGAGAAAAAUUGUCACUGGUCACUAAAGUAAAGGACAAAAAUGGAAUGAAUGAAAAUGAUAACUUUGGUCAGUUUUUAGUUAUUUCAGAGGCCAUUGUUGGUUAUUCUAUCAUUAAUAAAUGGCGUCAAUAAUUUUGUCCAAGUACCGGUAUGUAUCGUCUGCUGGAGUCGUAGAUGCACUCCUUAAAUAAAGCCAAUCUUAUUUAUUUCAAUGGUAGUCUGCAAUGGAAGAAAGUGACAAUAUUUUGACUCUUUUAUGAUUCAUUCAACUCACGCUGUCAUGUUUAUCUUUAAUGUAAGCACUGCAACACGUGAUACAUAAACCCAAGAACACCAGCAUGCCUAUAAAAAGGCAUGAAGUCUCUUGUACAUUUUAAGUGAGGACAAAACAAAGGCAGCCGAAUCUGCAACUUCUAUUUUAUGAGUUUGGGGCAAAAGUGAAAACGUUAACACAGAUUAAAGGUCAUUGUCACAUGAACAAGAAUUGACAGAAUGUGACUUUGAUUCCAAGCCUUGGUUGUCAUGGGAUGUCGGCAGCAUUGCUGGGUUGGAACAUUGUUUUAAUUAUUUUAAUAAAUCAGUUUUAUCCUCAAA